AUGCCAGGAAGCAUAAUUGAUGGUAAAGCAUAUGCUUUGGAGGUUCGUAACACAAUCUCAUCAGAAAUUGAGCAAUUGAAAACGAAGUUAUCGACAUUUGAACCAUGUCUUGCGAUUAUUCAAGUCGGAGAUCGUCCUGAUUCCGCUACUUAUGUUCGUAUGAAACGUAAAGCUGCUACCGAGGCUAAGAUUAAAGUUGACUUUAUCCAUUUACCAGAUAACAUAACUGAGCAAUCUUUGCUGUCAAAGGUCGAAGCUUUAAAUAGUGAUGAUAAAACUCAUGGUAUUAUCAUUCAAUUGCCUUUGCCAUCCCACUUGAAUGAAACAAGGAUCACAUCUGCUGUGGCAGCUAAGAAGGAUGUCGAUGGUUUUGGUCCUUACAACAUCGGUGAGCUAAAUAAGAAGAAUGGUGACCCAUUCUUCGUUCCAUGCACUCCUAAAGGUAUCAUUGAAUUAUUGCAUCAUUAUAAAGUUCAAUUUGUUGGUGCAAAAGCUGUUGUCAUUGGCAGGUCCGACAUUGUAGGCUCACCUGUAGCAGAACUAUUGAAGUCCUUAAAUUGUACCGUGACAACUGUACAUUCCUAUACCAAAGACAUACCAUCUUACCUGAAUGACGCAGAUAUUGUAGUUGUAGCAAUUGGUAAACCCCAAUUUGUUAAAGGUGAGUGGUUUAAGGAUAACAAAAAGAAUUGUGUUGUGAUUGAUGUUGGUACUAAUUAUAUAGAAGAUAAAACGAAAAAAUCCGGUGUAAGAUGUGUCGGAGACGUGGAAUUUGAUGAGGCUAUCAAAUAUGUCAAGUUAAUUACCCCAGUCCCCGGUGGUGUAGGUCCCAUGACUGUCGCUAUGUUGAUGCAAAACACAUUUGUUGCUGCUAUGAGACAAGCCAAAGAUGAGUUGAUAAUUUCUGAAGAAGAUGAAAGAUUACAAAAACCCUUUUACGAACUUUUAUCAUUAGAAUUGAAGAAACCUGUCCCGUCAGACUAUGAAAUAUCAAGGGAACAAUUUCCUAAGGCUAUUACUCAAAUUGCUGAGGAAGCAGGUGUUUUAAAAUCGGAAUUUGAACCUUAUGGCCACGUUAAGGGCAAAAUUGACCUGAAAAUACUUAAUCGUCUACAAGAUAAUGUCAACGGUAAAUAUAUCUUAGUUACUGGUAUCACUCCAACGCCACUCGGCGAAGGUAAAUCAACCACGACUGUUGGCUUAGCCCAAGCAUUGGGUGCCCAUUUGAAUAAAAAAGUAAUUGCCAAUGUUCGUCAACCAUCAAUGGGUCCCACAUUCGGCAUUAAAGGUGGUGCUGCAGGUGGUGGUUAUUCUCAGGUUAUCCCAAUGGAUGAAUUCAACUUGCAUUUAACUGGUGAUAUUCAUGCUAUAUCAGCAGCAAAUAAUUUACUUGCUGCCGCAAUUGACACAAGGAUGUUUCACGAGGCUACUCAAAAAGAUGGUCCCUUAUACAAAAGGCUUGUCCCGGCAAAAAACGGUAAACGUACCUUUACCAAAUCUAUGUUAAAAAGAUUGAGCAAACUAGGAAUUAACAAGACUAAUCCGGACGAACUAACUGCAGAGGAAAUCACGAGAUUUGCUCGACUAAAUAUUGACCCAGAAACGGUUACUUGGAGAAGAGUUGUUGACUGUAAUGAUAGAUUUUUGAGAGGAAUAACCAUCGGUGAGGCACCUACUGAACGUGGCUUCACUAGGAAGACUGGCUUUGAUAUUUCUGUUGCAUCUGAAUGUAUGGCUAUACUUGCUUUAUCGGAUUCUUUAGAAGAUAUGAGAGAAAGAUUGGGUAAUAUCGUUGUUGGAACAAACCAAGAAACUGGUGAACCUAUUACUUGUGAAGAUAUCGGUUGUGCUGGUGCAAUGACAGCAUUGCUAAAAGAUGCCAUUAAACCGAAUGUAAUGCAAACGUUAGAAGGUACCCCUGUGUUUGUUCAUGCAGGUCCAUUUGCCAAUAUUUCUAUCGGUGCCAGUUCAGUGCUUGCUGAUAAGAUCGCAUUAAAGCUUACUGGUGUAAAUAAAAAUCUCUCUAAUGAAUUGAAGGAAUUGAAUACCGGCUAUGUGAUUACCGAAGCAGGCUUUGAUUUUACUAUGGGUGGCGAAAGAUUUAUAAACAUCAAAUGUCGUUCAUCUGGACUGGUACCGGAUGUAGUAAUUAUUGUUGCUACAGUAAGAGCCCUAAAAGUUCAUGGUGGCGGCCCAGAAGUCAAGGCUGGCGCACCACUACCAGCAGAAUACUCCUCUGAAAAUAUUGAUUUGCUACAAAAGGGCUGUGCCAACUUGGCCAAGCAUAUUGCAAAUGCGAAACAAUUUAACCUACCUGUUAUUGUUGCUAUCAAUAAAAUGUCUAGUGAUACACAACGCGAGCACGAAGUGAUCAAAGAAGAAGCGCUCAAAGCAGGUGCAUCCGACGCUGUGGUUUCAAAUCAUUGGGAAGAAGGUGGCCGUGGUGCAAUUGAUUUAGCACAGAGUGUAAUUAAGAUUUCGAAAGAUGAAAAUCCAGGUGAUUUCAAAUUCUUGUAUGAAACUGAUAACUCUACUACUAUUGAGGAAAAAAUUACAGGGAUCGCUCAAAAGAUGUAUGGAGCUGCCAAUGUUGAAUUUUCAGAAGAGGCCAAGAAAAAGAUUGAGUUAUAUACAAAACAAGGUUUCCAAGGAUUACCAAUUUGCAUAGCUAAGACACAAUAUUCACUGUCUCAUGAUCCUCUUUUGAAAGGUGUACCAUCUGGUUUCACGUUCCCCAUCAGAGACGUUAGAAUUGCAACCGGUGCAAAAUAUUUAUACGCGCUAGCUGCUGAAAUACAAACUAUUCCAGGUUUACCAACUCAUUGUGGUUUCAUGGAGAUAGAAGUUAAUGAAGAUGGUGAAAUCGAAGGUAUGUUUUAG